CCACGCCACAGUAGUAGUGCAGAGUAAUCGUUACGAUUCUUCGGUAAUUAAGAAAUUUGGUGUGAAAACUAAGCACUGAAAUACUAAAUCGCUGAGAAAAAAUUUCACAGCAAUUAGGACAAAAAUUGCAGAGAAAUAUUAUUAAAUAAGAAAGUAGUCUUAAAAAUAUCCAACCCGGAAAACAAGUGUUUUAAGAUGGAUUUUUACUUCAUUAUUUUCUCCACAAUCUUUGCGCUCCUGAUCAGCUAUCUACGCUACAAAUAUCAAUAUUGGGAGCUACUUGGUGUAACACAGCUGAAGAUGAACUAUUUUCUUGGAAACCUGUUCCGCAUAAAAUCUAUGCAUAAAACGGAAAUUUUACACGAAGUUUAUAAAGAGUUUCGUGGUAAAGCAAAAUUAGUCGGCACAUACGUUUUUACCAAACCUAUAGCCAUUGCACUGGACUUAGACUUGGUGAAGUCGAUAUUAAUCAAGGAUUUCAAUAAAUUCACCGAUCGCUUCGAACAACAUAAGAGCACUGUCAAUGUUCUCGAAUGGCCCGUCUUGCAGACUUUUCGUGACCGUGAAUUGGCGAAGGCUCCCCACGUGCUGGAGAAGGGGAGGUCGGAAAUUAAAAGCGUUCUUGAAAAACAUAAUGUCGAAUUGACCUAUGAGGCUUUGAUGGAGAUGACAUAUUUGGAUCAAAUUAUAACAGAAACAGUCCGCAAACAUCCAGCGCUCGCUGCUAUCACUCGUAUCUCCACUGAUGAGUACAAGGUACUCGAGAAGGGCACACUUAUCUAUAUACCCUCAAGAGAAAUACAUUAUGAUCCAGAUAUCUAUUAUAAUCUCGAAGAAUUCAGCCCGGAGCGCUUUCACUCAGAUGAAGAGCAAAAGCGUCACCAUCAGGCCUUUCUCGGUUUAGGUUUUGGACUUCGUAAUUGUAUUGGCCUCCGCUUUGCUCGAAUGCAAGUCCGUGUCGGACUAAUAACUUUGCUAAUAUCUUAUCGCUUUAGCGACACCAGCACUUAUAGAGUCUUAUAAAUUAACUUCAGUAGUUGUGUCAGGUUUCAAGAUUUGGCUGGUUUCAAGAUUUGGUUGAGGAUACAACCUUUGCUGCUACAUAAUUAUUUUAAUUCUAAGGUCGAUGAAAUAGAACAUGAUUGCUGCUAAACUACAAAUUAGAUAUUUUAAUAAAUAGUACUUAUAAAUUUUUUGGUCGAGCAAGUAGAAUUAUAUACAUAUAUUUAUAUAUAUAAAAUAUUUUUUAUAUAGAUUAAGUGGCUCUCCAGCUCAUAAGUGCCCAAACCCUUGAACUUUAGACGAGCUCCCGAUAAACAUAGCUGCAUGAAAAAAAUUGUGUUGUUUUUUUCGAUAUAUCGGUUAGUUAGAU